AUGGCUUCCCGUGUUGUCGCUUCCCGCAUGGCCGCCCAGAUGGCCACCAAGGCUGUCCGCCCUGCCAUGCGUGCCCCCAUCGCCGCUUCCAAGCGCACCAUCACUGGCUCUGCUUCUCCUCUCCAGACCCUCAAGCGCCAGCAGGCUACUACGCUCCUCCAGGCCACCACCCGCAACGCUUUCCAGCGCCGCGCUUACUCUUCUGAGAUUGCCAACGCCAUGGUUGAGGUCUCCAAGAACUUGGGUAUGGGUGCCGCCGCCAUCGGUCUUACCGGUGCUGGUAUCGGUAUCGGUCUCGUCUUCGCUGCCCUCCUCAACGGUGUUGCCCGCAACCCCGCCCUCCGUGGCCAGCUCUUCUCCUACGCCAUUCUUGGUUUCGCUUUCGUCGAAGCCAUUGGUCUUUUCGACCUGAUGGUUGCCCUCAUGGCCAAGUUCACCUAA